AUGUCAACCUUUUGGUUUUUCGUUUUAACGUCAUCAUUUGUGAUAUCAGCCAGUGGACAACAACACAAAAGGAAUUUAAACAAUUUUUAUUGGCCACGAUGGGGUUAUGCUUUAUUAGAAGAACGAACAAUCGAUUGUACGACGACAAACAAGGAGAGACUCCACCAAUGUCGGCUGAUUGCGAGAAAUGCCAAGACGCCUCGGGAUCCCCGUAAAUAUAUAUGUCGACAGGAGGAAAUGCCUGUAAACAGUUGGAAUACACUAGCCCGGAACUCCACAACAAGACUUGCAUGUCCUAUCGGCUGCGAACCGGAUGCUAAACUUUCCGUUUUGGUAAAGUCACCUCAGAACAACCCUCUAUGCCAAAAAUAUUAUACAUACGGCAAAUACCGUGAUCAUAAAGAAGGUGACUGGUAUCUUUGGCUAGCUGAACCAUGCCGAGCAAAUAUUACAACUUGGUGUCGUUUCAAUGAUAUUCCAUUAAUUACUUCAAAAUUGCAGAAUUAG